AUGAACACACACUACCUGACCACCUCUCGAACCAACCCGCAGUUUUACAUAUUUAGCCAACUCUUUGACCACAACAUAGAUUGGAGCCUAUGCGAUUGGGAGGGAAUUCAGAACGUUUCCUGGCAAGAGUUUUGGCAGCGUGAAGGACACGAGCUUCUUGAGCAGAAGUGGCACAAGCGAUUUCCUGAAUACAAAGACCUCAUCGAAGUGGUCACCGAAGAGGAGAAAUCUUUUUGGCAGGAGUUGUGGGAGGAGCACGCCAGCGAAUCCAGUGUUAAGUUUUGGCACAUUUUCAGAUGUGCUUUUGAGAACUACCAGAUCGAAUUGACCAAAGCAAUAGGCCAUAACUUUAAUGAAAACCAAGAACCUGUUGAGCAGGACUUACAAAACUUGAGCCUUAACAAUAAGCCAAAGAAGUCGAAACAACCAAAACCAAAAGAAUACGAGGAAGAAGAGUCCUAUCUGACUGCCAACGACGAUCCCGAAAAUUACGAUGAGGAGCAGCAAUUGCUUCUCUUAGGAUUGCCCACAUCUUUUUCGUCUAAGGGAAAUAUCAGGACUCGAAAGCAAAAAAAGCCUCUGAUCGAAUCUUUUAGUAGCGACAGCGAGGAGAGUGAGUAUAGUGAGGAUCUGUUAAUCAUGGAAAACAACGAAAAUUCUGUCCUCCAUGGCGUUAAAAACGGUUCCAUCAAAAAGAGCAAACGCCGGCAAAGGCAAGCCAACAAACUCAAGGCACAGAUGCCCGAGUUUAUGAGGGAGGAGAACAGCCAGAUGGUCAAGUAUUGGUUAAGGCGUUUCUCAUUGUUCUCCCGCUUUGACCAAGGCAUCCGGCUGGACCGCGAGAGCUGGUUCUCGGUAACGCCCGAGAAGAUUGCCAAACAAACGGCCCGACGCUUAGCCUGUGAUCUGAUCGUAGAUGCUUUUUGUGGAUGCGGUGGCAAUGCCAUCCAAUUCGCCAAUACCUGUGGCCGUGUAAUUGCCGUUGACAUUGAUGCAGAGAAGCUAGCUAUGGCGCAGCAUAACGCCCAUAUUUAUGGCGUGGCCCACAAAAUCGAGUUUAUUCAGGCCGACUUUCUGCAGUUUGCGGCAAGCACUAGAAUUCGUCCGAAUGUAGUAUUCCUUAGCCCACCUUGGGGUGGACCAAACUACCAGAAGCAGGCCACAUUCGAUAUAGAGAAAAGUCUGUUGCCCGUGGGCGCCAGUCAACUGAUGCAAGUUUCUCGCCGUCUGGCGACUGACGUUUCAUUCUUUCUGCCACGCAAUGCAAAUAUGAGGCAGGUAGUUGCCUUGAGUGGAGCGGGUCAGCAAUGCGAAGUGGAACACAACUAUCUGGAUACGCGAAUGGUGGCAUUAACUGCCUAUUAUGGUAGUGGGAUAAUUAAGGGGCCGUCGGAUGAAAAGGUAUAGGAUUUCUUUUUGUUUAUAAAGAAUUUUAGUUAAAGUAACUUACACCUUUUAUAGUUAAGUAAUUUGUAUAUUAAUUAUAACUCAGGAUUUUAAGUAAUGAGAAAAAGAUAUGGAAAAUUUAAUUCAUUUGUCCUACUUUGACAAGUAGAAAACCGAAUAAAGUUUUUAAAUAAAUUUUAUAGGAAAAGUGUAAAAAACCAACCUUUUAGUUAA